AUGCCUCUCCCCACAACACGUCGCGUCGUGACCGGCCACGAUCAAUCCGGCAAAUCCGUCAUCAUCUCCGACACGAGCCUCACGCCUGCCAACCCGCUCGACCCCGCCGGCUCGCCGCCCGAGGGCAUCAUCCCGGGGUUCACCAACCUGUUCAAAACAACAGGCGUCCCCGCCACGAACGUCCAAGGGCCAUGGUACGACGUGCAUGGCAAGAAGAUCGGCCUAGUCGACCAGACGGGUGUGGUUGCGCGGAUCGUCGACUGCACCGUGCCCGACGAAGUGAACAUCACCCACCGCACGCAGAGCGUCGACUUUGGCAUCGUCCUCAGCGGCACCAUCACCAUGGUCUUGGACGACGGGAGCGAGACCGUUUUCCGGGAGGGUGACGUCUGCGUGCAGAGGGGAACUGACCAUGCCUGGAAGAACGUCAGCACCGAGAGCUGCCGCAUGCUUUUCGUGCUGGUGCCGAGCGUGCCCAUCGAGAACCCGGCGACGGGGCGGGCCUUUGAGAUGACGCCCACGGCGCAUCUGGAGGACGAAGAGCACAUCAAGGCGGCGCGGUAA